CACACAUGUAGCACAACAUGGCCCCUGCCAGCCGGGCUGUUGUUGUGGUAGCGCUCUCACUCUUGUACCUGUGCCGGGCGAUUUUCUCCACCGAGUUCUUCUCCACUCUCACUUUAUUCAACAACGACCUCCACAAACAGGGAUGCAGCUCGCUGUCUGAAUGGGAGGACUACGCUGCUGACUGCGAGUCUUCAAUUUUACAGUUGGAAGACCCAGACUGUGAGGAGGGAAGCAACCCGCCCUGCGAGUCUGUGUUCUCACUUAAUGCAGAGAAGAUCUUGAAUCAGGCCAAAUUGUUUAUAGAACAGAAAAAAAUACCUUUUCCUGUAGAUAACCAAAACACAAAUGAAGAGCUUGCUAUAGGUUAUGUUCUCAUAGGCAAUGGACUUUAUGAUGAAGCCAUUAAACACUUUUCACUCUUACUGCAGGGUGACCCAGAGCUGGUCAGUGCCAUCUACGGGAGAGGGAUAGCUUAUGGGAAGAAAAGUCUGCAGGAUAUAAAGAAUGCUGAUUUGGCAUUGUACGAGCUCAACAGAGUCAUCACCCUCGAGCCCAGCUGGCCUGAGGUCUACGAGCAGAGAGCAGAGAUCCUGUCUCCUCUGGGUCGCAUUAGCGAGGCUCUGAGUGACCUGACAAAAGCCAUCCAGCUACAGCCCUCAGCUCGUCUCUACAGGCACAGGGGAACGCUGCUCUUCAUUUCAGAGGACUAUGUGGCCGCUAUGGAGGACUUCCAGCAGUCUUUAGAGCUUAAGAAGAAUCAGCCUAUUGCCAUGCUGUAUAAAGGCCUCACCUUUUUCCACAGAGGCAUGCUCAAGGAAGCCAUUGAGACCUUUAAAGAAGCACUGAAACUGAAGUCUGACUUUAUAGAUGCCUAUAAGAGCCUCGGACAGGCCUACAGAGAGCUGGGUGACUUUGAAUCAGCCAUGGAGAGCUUCCAGAAAGCCCUCAUGCUGAAUCAGAACCACAUCCAGUCUCUCCAGCUCCGUGGCAUGAUGCUGUAUCACCAUGGCUCUCUGCAGGAGGCCAUAGGCAACUUCAAGAGGUGUCUUCAGUUGGAGCCUUACAACGAGGUGUGUCAGUACAUGAAGGGGCUGAGUCACGUGGCCAUGGGGCAGUUUUACGAAGGCAUCAAAGCUCAGACUAAAGUCAUGUUGAACGACCCUCUGCUGGGGCAAAAAGCCAGCUCUGAAUACCUCAAAGUUAAAUACCUCAGAGAGUACUCACGUUACCUGCACUCCCACCUGGAUAUCCCAGUAGCAGAGUACAACGUGGACCAGGACUUACCGGGAAACUUUAAGAACCACUGGGCCAAAAACCUUCCUUUUUUAAUAGAGGACUAUGAAGAACAGCCUGGCCUGCAGCCACAUAUCAAAGACGUGCUGCCACAGAACUUCGACAGCUACAGCAAUGAAGUUCAGAAGCUGAUCUGCACGGCCGACCAUCUGGGGGCACUCAUGCAGUACGACACUCCUGGUUUUCUACCCAACAGGAGAAUACACAGAGCCAUGGGAUUAGCAACCUUAGAGGUAAUGCAGGCCAUGCAUCGGACAUGGAGCAACUCCAAAGUGCGAGUCAACGGCAAAACCAGGCAAAUGCAGUGGAGAGACAUGUUUGACAUAGCAGUCAAAUGGAGGAGGAUCGCUGAUCCAGACCAGCCAGUUUUGUGGUUAGACCAGAUGCCUGCCAGGAGUCUCAGUCGAGGCUUCAACAAUCACAUCAACCUCAUCAGGGGGCAAAUUAUCAACAUCAGAUACCUUGCCUACUUUGACAACAUACUUGACUUCAUCAAAGACAGAAUACUGGUCUACCACGGGGCGUACAACCCCAGAGGCCUCCUGGAAGUCCGCCAAGCUCUAGAAAAUGUGAAUAAAGUAGAAGAUUUGCUUCCUAUAAUGAAGCAGUUCAACAGUAAAACCAGAGAUGGCUUCACAGUCAACUCGAAGGUGCCCAGCCUAAAGGACCCUGGGAAAGAGUACGAUGGCUUCACCAUUACCAUCACUGGAGACAGGGUGGGAAACAUGUUAUUCUCUGUAGAAACGCAGACAACUGAAGAGCGGACGCAGCAGUACCAGUCAGAGAUAGAGUCCAUCUACAAAGACCUCACUGCCAAAGGAAAGGCAUUGAUGUUAUCAACCGAACUCGGGGAUGCAGAUGCAGUGUGUAACCUGAUCCUCUCCUUGGUUUAUUACUUCUGCAACCUCAUGCCUCUUUCCAGAGGAUCUAGUGUGGUGGCUUACUCAGUGGUGAUGGGGGCACUGAUGGCCAGUGGGAAAGAGGUCAUUGGUAGGAUCCCGAAAGGAAAGCUGGUAGAUUUUGAAGCCAUGACCACACCCAGUCCAGAUAGCUUCAGUAAAACAGCCAAGAGCUGGAUGAAUCUCAAGAGUUUACCAAGUUGGUACCAGAGUCUUCCAUCUGUAGCAGAGUCCUUCCCGACAACCAGAACAAUGAUCGAGGUCCUCAACACAGACUCAUCUUCACAUUGUCCAAAAAAGUCUUAACACGACUUGUGCACUGCAGAGAGGUCUGUUUAGGAAAGUCUUAAUAAUAAAGCUCCUGCACUGGGUAGAACCUAAGGGACCGUCAUCUUCUACAUCCCAAUCAACACUGGACUGAGAUCGGCAAAAAACAUCUCGGCACAAUUAAUUAGGAAGUAAUUAUUUAAAAUGUAAUAAGGGUUUUGGCAAAGUAGUAGUGUGAGCUCUUUUUGAACCUUGAAGGAAAUGAAAGGCUUUUAAUGCAAAUUCAUGGGAUUGCUUUACUCUUUAAAGAGGUGACCUCUGUUUUAAUUUACCAAAAGUUGAUCUUACUGUUUUAUCCAAAUCUUUGUUGCCUGUUGUUUCUCCUUAAAUCCAUGUAAAAACUCAGCUUCUACUUAAGAAACAUGGUUUGAAGGGUUUUCAGAAAUCUUGGGUUGACAUGCUAAGUCACCUCUGUGCCACCUGUUUUAAGUUCUUCAACCUCUGUUGUCAGGCAAUUCAACAUUUUUCUUUUCUACUUCUUGUAGCAUAAUUUUAACUCGCAGAACUCUAAGGAUAAAUUUAGGUGCUUUUGUUAUUACUGGCCGAUGUUAAUUUCUUAGAUCCACACUCUGUGUUUGUGGAAACGAUACUGGAUGGUGAAAGCAGGAUGUUUCAGUUUGUUUGGGAUGCAGAAGAGAUUCUGUCCACCUUUGCUCUUUCUCUGCUUUAUAGGCCUUGUGCCUCAGACACCCAAAGCACAACCAACGCCAUCUGUCCAUCGGUCGGUAUGAACAAGCUUUCUUUGCAGAGUCAUGCCGAAAUCUCUACAAAUCUCUUACUUUAGGUUACCAAGAAUGUGAAAUGGCACUUUCUGGUUUUAUUUAACAUUAAAGAUUGUAAUUGGCACUUUAAACAUUUUUUGUUAAACCACUGCUGUGCACGCACACAGAAUCCAACCUUUUAGCAGAAAAUGAGUCUGGGGGGUUUUAAAAAUAUGGAACAAAUUUUUCAGGGCUAUUGUUUGUCAGCACUUGAGCAAAUAUGAUUUCUUUUAUUAUUUUCUUUUUUUUAUGAUGAAUAACAACAGUCAGAGAUUUUAGAGAGCUUUCAGAGCCCUUUGGCGCUUUUUGAGUAAAAUAUCAAACAUUCACCAAAUCUGCAGGUGUCUUGUCGUUAUCAGUUUUGAAUCUACCAAAAUUACAAAAAGUCAAAAAGUUUCUUGACUUUUUCUCUGAUCUUUUAUAAGUUCAAUCAUUUUGGGGUGUUUUUUCAUUACAAAUGUAUUAGACCAUCUGUCAUUAAAAACAAAAAGAAACUCUUAGAAAUCUCCCCAGAACUUGUUUAAAACAAAAAAUUAAAUACACAAAGUUUAACCUGGCCCAAUCAAGCAUAACAUUCAACCACUAAAACAUUUUUCUUCCAUGGAGCAACAAUAAAUGAUUGCAAUUUGGUGUUAUAAUCAAAAAAUAAUUGCUUUACUAUUUUAUUGCUUGUUUUUGUAAACCUACAUUUACAAAUUGAUGGAUAAUGAUAAUUAUUUAUAUUAUUUUGCAUUAAAAAUAUUGAUUAAGCUCUUGAUUAGAGAGCUUUUGCAUUCUGGUAAUCUAAUAAAUAUGUUAAGCACAUGUAGCUGAUAGCUAACAUAAAACACCCUAAAUAAAACCACAAAGAAAUCAAACCAGCGAAUUGGGAAGAAGCUUCUUUAUAGUUUAAAUCAUUAGCUCUUAAACACUACAUUUAAAUUUUUAAAGUUUAUGAAUGUAAUCUGACUUACCUGACCAGAAGCUCCAGAUGAUCGUCCUCUAACAUCUGUGACUGUUGUGCCUUUAAAGAUUCAUUAUGGAUGGAGAAAAGCACACCGCAUUUAUUUCCUUCCUGUCUUCCCUCGAACUUGCAUCAGCUGCCUCUCUUACAUUGGAUGUUAGCUUAUAGAUUCAAUUUGCUUCCUCAUCACACCUGAGAGCAAUAUCUUUGGGAGAUAAGAGCUCAUGUACCUCCACAUGUCUUAAAGAUUAAAAUAUUGUCUUUGAUUAUUUUAACCCCCCUUGAUUAUUACAUAUGUAACAAGUUCUUGUUUGAGUUUUUGAUAUCUGGAGAAAAUCUGGUCUGAAUUGGAAUGUACUUCAGUUUAAAUAAUAAGACUGAUGGUGUGGUCUUUUUUUGUUUCUUGGUUUGUUUGUUUCAGAAAAUCUGGGUGAAUCCUGCACUUAGGUAAAAUGUAAACAUGCAGUAACCUAUGGAAAUAAAAUUAUUUUAGAAAAGAAAUUUUAAGCACAAUGAUGAACAAAAUGAGAAGGUGUGACUCACCUGGACUAAUCUAUCAUAUUCUGUGGCCUUUAAUGCUUAAAGACACACCGUUAAUAGUCAUAUCAAUACUGCAGUAGUUCUUUUUUUGAAUGUCCAGAACAAAGCAGUCUCUCCAGUGUUUAAUUGGUUUUCUCACUUCACCAAAACGUCAGGUCCUUCGGGGUUUUUUUCUUAUUGAUGGUUAUGCUAAAUGGUUGUUCUUUUCUUUUCUGUGCUGGGUGUCCCAGUCAUUUAUUUCUGCAAUGGGCUUUAGAGUGAGGAGUGCACAACUUAUCUAAUGUCUUCAGACUUGAAGGAGGGACUUUUUUAUGAAAUGAAUGUUCAGCAGUUAAUAAAAGUGUUUGACAGUUUUAA